UAAAUCACUUCUUAACUGUUUUUGUUUGCAGGGUUCAGAGUUUUUUAAUCGACACGCUAAUCGCACGUGUUUAUACGUUAGCUGUUUGAUCAAACUUACAUUGGCAGACGCGGGCACACUUUUAAACCCAGUUAUGUUGUCUUCCAGCAGCUCGGCAGGGUGCCACAGUCAACUGUAUAACUCCAUAUGUUCAUAUCUGCACAAUCAGAACCGAGCGCAGCCCAUCAUUGGUCUGAACUCCAUCACUGAGGUGUUGACAUACAGUCAGCCUGCGCUGUACUUUUGUGAUGUCUGCUUUUUGAGAAUAACCAAGCCUGACAUCAGAAACCACAUCAUGGGGGAGCAUUCACAGAUAUAAUUACAUUAAAUCUCAUCAUGCAUGUGGGUGGAGAUCUUAUACAGACCUGACUCUUCUGGCUCGGCCUCUCAUGGAUAUUGCAAAAAUGGUUGAAAAGAGGGAGGGAACAGGUGAUGUACAGGUUCUGUGUGUGGAUGAAAUCAUCUACAACAAGAUGACAUCAUUGCCUGUCCCUGAUGCUUUUGUUCAGAUGAAGAAGAUUAAGAAUCAGCGAAACUCUAAUGCGCUUCAUUCGCUUGUUCAUAUCAGCCCAUCUGAAGUGAAAGGUCAUGAAACCAGCUUUCAAGAGCAGGAAGAGUCUGGCAACACAGACGGGACUGCACAACUUCCAACUUUACUAUGUUCACACCCGACAGCGUGUGCAUCUGCAACACUAUUGAGGUCACCAAAUGCAUCGCCCCCUAGAACCGAAGGGCAUCUCAAACCAUUAACCAAAUGCCAGGAGUCAUCUACAUUUCGGAGUCUAGCGGAUUCUCCCGUUUCAUCUAGAAUACCUUGUCUAAAAAACUCCCCGGCUCCAGCCUUCGUCCAACACAUAAAUCAGGAUCAGCCUGUGAUCCUAGACAGAAAUCAGAGUCUACAAAGAUAUGUGACGCCAUCUGAAAACCAAUGUCUAACUGAAACAAGGUCAAUCACUGUCGUAAGACCACCAAGACAGUGGAGCCCCAUCAGAAUUGCUUUCCAGAAUGACACUGUGCAUGCUGGUGAAGAAGAUGGGAAUAAUGUCAUCCAUUCAUUUGGAGUCAGUUAUGAAUCAUUGCACCCAGCUCAGACCACGCCAUAUGAAACCCAGCUGCAAACUCCAGUAAACCACAUGGUACCAGAGGUAACCCAGAGUCUAACAAACAGGCAUAGAUUUUUCAUAACUGAAAGCUCACCUGAUAGUCCAGAGCCUGUCAGGGAUGUGGAGAUUACCAGUGUUAUCAAGCUCAUCAGAACACAGAUGCUAAAAGGAGCAUUGGAACCAGCUGCAACACACGAUUCAAAUCAAUCCCAUGAUGAAGCUAAUUCACAGGAACCAAUCGACACCAACCGGGAAGCACAUGUGGAGGCUCAAUCAGACAACUCUGAAGAGAACAGUUUUCCGUUCUCACAAAACCCGAUUGCCCAGUCCCCUCUUACUCAGACACAGUGCCCUUCUGAUCAAGUUGAAUCCAUUGAGGGUUUUCUAAAAAACUACAAGGGUCGAAAGCCUCUUAUCGGUCUACAAGCUGUUAUCAAGUGCCAGAGUGUGGAUGGGAAUCCACCUCCAUGCUGUUACCUGUGUCAGCUGUGCUCUAUGAAGUUGAAGAAGAAGAAAAUAUUCAGCCACUUGACUAGCUGUGACCACCAGCGAAACUACCUAAAAGUUCUCCACCCGCAGCUCCUGCCUAAAAAGCGUAAACACUGCAACACAAAUGAGAUGCUUGAGGAUAUUGCUAUCAAGCUGGAGAAAGAGGAUGGAAGAGGACAAAUAAAGGUGAUGAGGUUGUCCGCUUGUCUCAUAAGUGAGGCUUUGCACAAGGAUUAUCAAUGGUGUAUGAAGAUGUUGAACUGUGGAGAUGAUGUGGGGUGGAGAUCAGAUCUGCUGUCUUUCAAGGAUAGAACUGACAAAACCACAGGUCCCAGUCAGACUCUUAAACGCCCAGCCGAGUCACUGCUGCCUCCUUCUGAGAAAUCUCCUAUUAAAGCUCCUGAUGGACCUCCAAUCCAUCAGAUGCCCAAAAAAAUCAAGAAGGGCCAUCCUAAGCAAGUCAUGAGCAUUAACAAAAUAAAGAACCCUGUGUUUAAGGUAAGCCUGUCACUGCAGGAGGGACCCAUCGUCAUUGAGAGAACCUCUCUACGAGACACAGUCACAGUGGCGCCCGAGAUCGAAGGCCAAAGCCAUGCGUCCACAUGCACUCAUGAUGAUGCGACUAACACGCAUCCUGAGGUUCAAGCGUGCAAUCACGGAUUCCCACCCACAGUACACUGUGAGAGUACACAGCAGUAUCCUGACGGAGAUGUGCUCGCUCAGACGGACAUUCCCACACUGACCUAUACACACACAGAGGUGGACUCAGACAUGGACAGUCGUAUGUUCAUGAAUCCUGCUCAGUAUGCAUACUCAGGGCAGUUUGACCAACCUCAAGUCAUCCAAAGGGUCGAGCCUUCUCUCAGACCUAAGGACUGUGGUGCAGUGGACGAGGUGGUCGCAGUCACGUAUGCUGAAUGGCCGGAGCAGGACUGGUCCUUCUAUAACAACGAAUGGAUUGCAAUGAGGCAAAACCAGGAUGGAAGUAAUUAUCAUCCUGAGUGUGGAGGUUACAUGCACUACUGGUGAGAAUGAGUCUUCCAGCGCGUAAAAAAAUGCAACAAAUAGUUUGAACAUGUUUUUGUAAAGAUGCAGAUCAUUUUGCAACAGAAUUCAGUUCAAACUGUAUUUCCGUCUUUUUCAAUGCAGCCGAAUUUGUGCAGUUGGUAAAAAAAAAUGGGACUGAUUCAUCACUGAAAUAUUAAGCUGUAUUUAGACAUCUCAAAAAACUUGAAAGGGCUUCUACGUCAUACAUAUCACUUGUGCUUCUUUAGUGAAUGCAGAUUAAUCCAUUGAAUUUGUGUCUUUUGACAAUGUGAAAACCUAUGCUAUAUAUAUAUAUAUAUAUAUAUAUAUAUAUAUAUAUAUAUAUAUA